AUGGCGUUGCAAAUGCAUAUUUGGAUCGUUUUCGCCGGGGUUCUCCUCAACGAACGCGGCGCGGUCAUCACAACACCCCUCGACGCGCACUCGAAAGCGCAAAAGUCGAUCGAACGAACCAUGACCCUCGCGGACAUGGACCUCUCGGACCUUAAGGCUCAGCUCGCCUCCGUUCAGGCGGCGGUCGACGCCAAGGAGGCUGCGGCGGACGGCGCCGGCGUGCUCGCUGCCAAGAUCGUGAACCCCUACUCCAAGCUGUACAAUCGCGUGAGCGUCGCCGCCAUCCACGCGUGCCCCGGCGAUGGCGCGUCGCUGAUCGGAUCCACCGUCGUUGUGGGCGGGUGGGUCAAGACCGGCCGCGUCGCGGACAAGGGCGCGCUCGUGUUCCUCGAGGUCAACGACGGCACCGGACCCAAGAACCUCCAGGUGGUGGUGAAGGCCGAGGUGCACGCCAUCGACGAGCUCAAGUCCACGGGAACCUGCGUCGUCGUCGAGGGCGAGCUCAAGGCCCCGCCCGAGGGCGCCACGCAGGUGGUGGAGAUGCACGCCACCAAGAUCCUCCACGUUGGCCCGUGCGAUGCCGCCAAGUACCCGAUCGCGAAGAAGAAGAUUUCGCUCGAGUUUCUCCGCGAGAAGAUCCACCUCCGAACCAGGACCAACACCAUCGCCGCCAUCGCGCGCAUUCGAAGCGCCCUCUCCUACGCCACGCACUCCUUCUUCAACAAGAACGGGUUCCUCUACGUCCACACCCCGCUCAUCACCCAGUCCGACUGCGAGGGCGCGGGCGAGAUGUUCCAGGUCACCACCCUCCUGGGCGCGGCGGAUGCGGCGGCGGAUGCGGGCGAGAAGCCGCCGAGCGCCGAGGACGUCGAGGCGAUGAGGGCCAAGGUGACCGAGGCUGGCGACGUUGUCAAGCAGCUCAAGGAGGCUGGCGAUAAGGCCGCGGUCAAGCCCGCGGUGGACGCCAUGCUCAAGCUGAAGGGCGAGCUCGCCGAGAUGGAGACGGCGAGCAGGAAAGUCGGCGGGUUGUUCCGCGACGAGAAGGGCAAGAUUGACUACUCGCACGACUUCUUCUCCGAGCCCACCUUCCUCACCGUGUCCGGCCAGCUCAACGUGGAGACGUACGCGUGCGCCAUGACCUCCGUGUACACCUUCGGUCCCACGUUCAGGGCUGAGAAUUCCAACACCACCCGCCACCUCGCCGAGUUCUGGAUGAUUGAGCCCGAGAUUGCCUUCGCCGACCUCCAGGAUGACAUGCAGUGCGCCGAGGACUACGUGAAGUACUGCCUCAACUACGUCCUCGAGCACUGCCCCGAGGACCUCGCGUUCAUCUCCAAGAUGUACGAUAAGGAGGCUCUGGACCGCGUGAAGCACGUGGCGGCGUCCCCCUUUGGCCGCGUGUCCUACACCGAGGCCAUCGAGCUCCUCAAGAAGGCUGUGGCGGAUGGCAAAGAGUUUGUGUACCCGGUGGAGUGGGGCAUCGACCUCGCGACGGAGCACGAGCGCUACCUGGCCGAGGAGAUCUUCAAGAAGCCGGUCAUCGUGUACAACUACCCCAAGGACAUCAAGGCGUUUUACAUGAGGCUCAACGAGGACGGCAAGACGGUGGCCGCGAUGGACGUGCUGGUGCCCAAGGUUGGCGAGCUCAUCGGCGGAUCUCAGAGAGAGGAGCGUCUGGAGGUGAUGGAGGGCAGGAUGCAUGAGAUGGGCCUGGAACCCGAGGAGUACGAGUGGUACAUGGACCUGAGACGGUACGGGUCCGUGGUGCACUCCGGGUUUGGACUCGGGUUUGAGCGUCUCAUCCUCUUCUGCACCGGCAUGGACAACAUCCGCGACGUGAUCCCAUACCCGCGCUGGCCGGGUAACUGCACGUGAGUGAGUCCGUCGCGCACGGGACGCGCGUGCGUCGCGUGUUGCUUCGUCGUCGAUCGUUCACUAUUUUAUUAAACGCGAAGUUACAUU